AUGAAGCUGUUGGACCAAGUUGGCUUAGAGGGUUUGAGUUCUCAAUUAAGUAACGGUAGUAAAAGAUACAAAAUUGAUGCCAGGCUAGAAAGCUACUCAUGCAAAAUGGUUUCAGAAGAAAAACGUCAAUUUAAGGAAUUGGUUUCUCGUUUAAAUGGUGAUGAAAGUCAAGAAUCACCUGCCCUUUACCUUGGGUCCUCACAAACUCUACGGGAUUUGUAUGAAAUGACUGGACAAGUGGUCGAUCCCGAAACAAUUCGGAUGAGUAUCAUCCAAGAUCAGUCACCACCGAAUUCUUCCAGCCUCUCCCCUCCUAGAAAUGUGUGCAGUGGAAGAAAACGUACUCGGUCUGAAACAUCUAUAUGUUUGAAUGAUAGUACCUCGGAAUCACCGUCUCCAAAGUUUUCAGCCUCAGCUCUAUCAACCAAAGAUUUUUUCUGUUUAAUGAGUACAUUAAAUAGCUGUUUUGGUCCUGCCUAUGAUUUUCUGGCUGCUAGAAGUGACGAAUUUUGUUUGGAACCUGAACUAUGGCUUGUAAAACAUUAUAUUUCUCGGUUCUGUUCCAUUUACGUGGAUAAAUACGAAGAUCUAGCACCUCAUCUUUGGAAAGUUAUCGGUGAUGAAAUUUCGCCUGCUCAGUGUCGUAUAUAUAGUUAUCGUCCUGAUCAUCUAUCCGAUCCGUACAGCUCAGGAUGUUUAGCAUCUUUCAAUUAUUUUUUUCAUAAUCGAUGCUUGCGUCGUGUACUAUUCUUUUCUCUUCGUGUAUUAAAUGAUUCACUUUUAGAUGAUGAUGGAGAUGAACUAACUGAAUCCAAUUUAUACUAA